UCUCCGCUAAGGAUUUUGCAGAAAAGUCGUUGAAGAAAGCUCGCAGCGAGGAUUUCUGCUUUUUGCGUCUUUUCAUAGCGGUGUUACCAUCUACUGACUCAUUGACACUGACACAGCUAUAGGCAAAAAUGGGAAACAAAAGCGGUAAGCAAAAGAAAAAGGACAAAGAAGCUAAGAACAAGGAGGAGGCAGAACAAAAGGUAAAUGGCACUGCUGAGGAAAAACCUGCUGAGGCAGCCACAGAUACGCCCGCAGAGAACACAGAAGCAGCUAGUAAUGAAAAUGAAGGUGAGAAAGGCGGUGGGGGUGAUGGUGGUGGGGAGGCAUGUCAGGAGGAUAAGGCUGGGGACCAGGCACCCGAAAAAACUAUUACUAAUACUAGUGAAACAAAGGCUGACAAUGACAGUAGUACACCAGCCCCUGUCAGUUCAGGGGACAGUGAGCCAGUACAAAGUGUAGAUAAUAGUAAUUCUGAUACCAAGGAGGAAGUCAGUCCCUCCAGUCAGACAGAGUCUGUGGUAAAAAGUAGUGAAUCUGAGAAAGCGGUAGAGGCGGCAAAAGAUGAAACAGUUAGUGAAACGCAAGCACCGGUGGAGCAAACUGUAGCUAAACAGGAAACAACCGUUGAAGUGCAGCCUCCCACACCAGUGGAAGAGGUAUCAGCACCUCCUGCACCUGUGGAGGAGUCACCAGCACCACCUGCACCAGUGGAAGAGCCAGUGGCACCACCUGCACCAGUGGAAGAGCCAGUGGCACCACCUGCACAAGUGGAAGAGCCACCGGCACCACCUGCACCAGUGGAAGAGCCACCGGCACCUCCUGCACCUGUGGAAGAGCCACCAGCACCACCUGCACCAGUGGAAGAGCCACCUGCUCCAGUGGAAGAGCCACCAGCACCUGUGGAAGAGCCGCCAGCACCUGUGGAAGAGCCACCAGCACCAUCUGCACCAGCGGAAGAGCCACCGGCACCACCCGCACCAGUGGAAGAGCCACCUGCUCCAGUGGAAGAGCCGCCAGCACCUGUGGAAGAGCCACCAGCACAAUCUGCAGAAAGCCUGGAGUCACAAACAAAAGGCGAUGCACCCCCUCUGCCUGACAAUCCUCCCCCGAGCAAGACAAUAGCCACACAGUUUAUGUGGGAUAAUGAUGGUAACACCGUGCUAGUCAGUGGCUCCUUCAAUGACUGGAAGGAGAAGGUUCCUCUUGAGAAACAAGAGGCAGUUUUCUCCGUGACUGUAGAUUUACCAGAGGGAGAAUAUGUGUAUAAAUUCCUGGUUGAUGAUGAAUGGCUGAUCAACAAAAACCAACCAAUUAAGGCCGACAAUGGUAUCGAGAACAAUGUUAUAACUGUGAGACCAGUGGGUUGAGUGUUUGUCUGAAUGUAACUACCUGCUCCACCUCUUCAGUUGCCUCCCUUCUAAACAACAGUUGAUUCCCUUAGAGUGAUGGCCCAACUGACCAACUCAUCAUCCAGAGGCAUCAUGGGAUUACAACUAAAGGCAGCUAUGCUAUAACAUCAGUGGAUCAACGAUUUUCAAAACUAACAAGUUCACAAGGAUGAAAUUUUUUGUCAAAGAAAUUAAUGUUUUGUUUAUUAGAUUGGGAAAUUGUUUAUAAGGAAAUUUUUUAUUAGGAUUGGGAAAAAAAUUGAUUCCAAAAUUUUAGCUGUUGACAUUCUAUUUUAUGGUAGUAAUAAUGGGACCUUAACCUUUUUUUGUAGACCUUUUCUUACUUGUUAUAAUUUUGUAUCCUAUUUGUUACAUUUUAUAAUGUUGAUUUACCUAUGUUACAUGGUUUUCCUUUCAAAUUGUUCAAAUUCAUCACAGGCCAGUGAUCAUAAUCAUUUCAACUUAAAAAAAUUUUAUUGACAAAUCGACCAAGGCUCGGAACAAAAUCUUCAUUAAAAAUAUUUCACUUUAGAAGUGCUAUUUGAAGUGCUUUUUAUUUAUUUGUAUUAUUUGCGAUCAAUAUUUCUAUAUAAGUUUUUUUCUUGUUUUACUAGUAUGUUAAAAUAAAAAAUAUUGAGAAAGGGAGACAACCCUUGAAUAUGGUGGAGUCCAGAACUGAUCAUUGUUAAAAGUAAUCAUCACCUUUGUGUACAAUAACAUUAUAUUUUCCUCUACAUCAAUUUAAAGACAAUCUUUUAAUUUCUAGGGUAAUAUUUCUAUAUCAUAGUAAUUUGGGUCAUAUUUCUCAAUGAGAAUAUUUUAUACAAAACAUUCAUUGAUUUUGUAUUGUAGGAAUGUAAGUAAGUAUAAGUUCUACAUUUGUAAUUAAAGUAUUAUAAUUUUUACUAUUUGUGUACUUUUUCACACUAGAUGAUUUCAUUCUUUUCAUUUGUAUAUGUGUAUAUAUAUAUCUUCAUUCUCUCAGAUGAUAAUAUAUUGUC